CACGACUCAGCAUGGAACAACACGCCAUGCACUCCAUAACCACAACCGCCACCACAGCAAUGUCCACAAGCAGCUCAUCCCCCGAAAUGGGCAAACACGCCGGCAUGCACAUGUCCAGCUGCAAGAUCUCCAUGCUAUGGAAUUGGAACACCAUUGACUCCUGCUUCCUCUCCUCAACCUGGCACAUCACCUCCAACAGCGAAUUCGCCGGCUCCUGCAUAGGUGUCAUCUGUCUGGUUCUCGUUCUUGAACUUCUCCGCCGUAUUGGGCGGGAAUACGAUGCUUUUAUCAUCCGUCGUGCAAGACUCGUCCAGCACAAUCAGUACCUAUCUCUAUCUCUAUCUCCCGCGGACACAUCCACCACAGCUCAAGCUCCAGCUCCAGACACAUGUAUCCCAUCCUCCUCCCGUCCCCCCUCGCCCCCUAACGGCCCCAAACCUGCCCUAGCCACUACAACAGAAGCAGCAGCAGGACCACCAACCAUCCGCCCGACCCCAACCGAACAGCUCAUCCGGGCCCUACUCCACACGCUGCAAUUCGCAGUAGCGUACUUCAUCAUGCUGCUGGCGAUGUACUUCAACGGGUACAUCAUUAUCUGUAUCUUUAUAGGGGCGUUUCUGGGGGCGUUUAUCUUCUCGUGGGAGGGGUUGAGUUUGGGGGGGGAUAGCUGUUACAAAAUGCUGUGGAUGAUUGAUUAA